CACUUGUGUGUGGGGCAUGCACAAGCGAGUGUAUUUGUGCACAGGGUGUGAGUGUUCAAUGUGCGCACUUGUGUGUGGGGCAUGCACAAGCGAGUGUAUUUGUGCAUAGGGUGUGAGUGUUCAAUGUGCGCACUUGUGUGUGGGGCAUGCACAAGCGAGUGUAUUUGUGCAUAGGGUGUGAGUGUUCAAUGUGCGCACUUGUGUGUGGGGCAUGCACAAGCGAGUGUAUUUGUGCACAGGGUGUGAGUGUUCAAUGUGCGCACUUGUGUGUGGGGCAUGCACAAGCGAGUGUAUUUGUGCAUAGGGUGUGAGUGUUCAAUGUGCACACUUGUGUGUGGGGCAUGCACAAGCGAGUGUAUUUGUGCAUAGGGUGUGUGUGUGCAUGGGCACAUGGGGAUGUGCACACCAGUGUGGGGCGUGCAUCAACGGGGACAAAUGUGCAGGCACCAAAGCCCCUGCUGGUGUAACCAGCCCCCCACCCCCAUCCCCAGCUGGACCCGCAAGCUCAGCUACCAGGACAGCCCCAACUGCAACAAGAAGCGGAAAGUGUCUCUGCUUUUCGACCACCUGGACGCCACGGAGCUGGCCGAGCACCUCAGCUACCUGGAGUUCAAAGCCUUCUGCCGCAUCUCGUACCUGGAUUACAGGAACUACGUGCUGCACGGCUCCGUGCAGGAAAACCUGGCCCUGGAACGCUCCGUGGCUCUUUGCAACAGCAUCUCCCAGUGGGUGCAGGUCAUGAUCCUCAACCGGCCCACGCCGCAGCAGCGCGCCGAGGUCUUCACCAAAUUCAUCCACGUCACACAGGUGAGGGGCCCUCUGGCCAGGCGGGGGGGCCUUGCCGUGGAGGGGCAGAAAGAGCCGGGGUUUAUCAUGAAGGUGGGGGGGAGGGGCUCACAUGUGCUAGGAGGAUGGGUGAGCAUGCACAUGUGUGCGCGCAUGCACGGGGGCAUGUGCGCCUACCGGCGGGCCUACGGCGAGUGCAGCGGGUUCAAGAUCCCCAUCGUGGGGGUGCACCUCAAGGACCUGGUGUCCCUGCACGAGGCGCUGCCCGACUGCCUGGGCCCCCUGCUCAACCUCACCAAGCUGCAGAGUCUCUACCAGCAGGCGCUGGAGCUGCGGGCGCUGCAGGAGGCCCUGCCGCCCUUCCACGCCAACAAGGACCUGGUGCACCUGCUCACGCUCUCCCUUGACCUGUACUACACGGACGAUGAAAUCUACGAGUUGUCGUACGCCCGGGAACCCCGCUGCCCCAAGUCCCUGCCGACCACCCCCUUCAAGCCCCCCAUGGUGGUGGUGGAGUGGGCCCCAGGCGUGGCCUCAAAACCCGACCGGCUCACCAUCAGCAAACACGUCCAGCAGAUGGUGGAGUCCGUGUUUAAGAACUACGACCACGACCAGCGCGGCUGCAUCUCCCAGGAGGACUUUGAAAAGAUCAUGGCCAGUUUCCCCUUCUCCUUCUACGGGCUGGGGAAGGACCGCGAGGGGCCAUACAGUCGGGAGGAGAUCACCGGCUACUUCAUGCGCGCCUGCGCCGUCUUCGCCAAGCUGGGCCUCGGCUUCCUGCACGACUUCCACGAGGCCACCUUCCAGAAGCCCCUCUGGGGCGUCUCCAAGCAGGGGUACAGAUGUCAGGACUGCGGCAUGAGCUGCCAGCAGCAGUGCAAGGACCUGGUGGAGCUGGAGUGCAAGAGACGGUUCCACUCCAGAGCCUCAGAGGGGGGCACCCCCCACGCUGCCACACCUGCCGCCACACAGCACCCCAGCUCAGGGUCGGAGGAAGAGGCCUUCCCCUUCCCCCCGGCAGAGGAGCAGGCCGUGGUACUGGCGGGGGUGCCCACGGGCUGGCGGUGCACCCGGGAGGCCUGGACGCAGACGGAGGGCACUGGCCCCACGGCGGAGGGCCACGAGCCCCACGGCCGGGUGGGCGGCUGCGGCAGGGGGCCGGAG